CUCCACCCGCUCCCGGGCGCCGACCGCCAGUGCGACUCCGAGUGCCGUCGCAGCGACGCGUGGCGCGAGCGAGUGUCCUUCCAGAGCACUCCGCAACGGGGCGCGUCUCUUCGGCGGUCGAUGACGCCUCCGACACUCGGUAACUGCGUCGACGGCGACGAGGCCUCUGCCCCCUCCUCCUCGCCAACACACCGAGAUGAAAGGUAGUGACGACUGAGCGAAGAGGCAAAGACAUUUCCUCCCUCCGGUCCCGAGGAACGGUCCUGUCACCGCGAUGCGCCGCUCCCCGACAAGAGAGCCCUAGCUGUGGGCAGCUGGAGCAGCUCCGGACACAGCAGGAGGGACGACCCCCCACAGCCGCGAUGGCGGGCCGUGACCCGGGGGAGGAGUCCUGGUGAAGACAUGAAGCGCGCCGCCGUCGCUCCGAGCUGGGGCGGCUGGGACUGGCGCGUCCUCGUGGGCGCCUUCGUCGUGCAGUUGGUGCUGCCCUGCGUGCUGCCCGCCUAUGGCAUCGUGGUGGUAGAGCUGGUGGAGGAGCACCUCAUGCCACUCUACUCCUGUCUGUGGGCCCCGGCGCUCUACGUCGCCGCCUGGGCCGCCUCAGAGCCGCUGUGCAGGUCGCUGGUGGGGCGAGACUCCAGGGCCGGGCGCUACGUGGCGCUGCUGGGAGUGGCUCUCACCUCUGGGGGCCUCAUCUCCUCCAGCUUCGUGCACCACUCGCUCUACUCGCUGCUGGGCUUCGGCGUGCUGGGAGGCACAGGGGCGUGCCUGGUGCGCGCGCGCCUGGACGCGGUGCUGCAGAGGCGGCUGCCAGAGACGCCUCGGGCCGUCGACAUGGCGCUGAACGUGGGCUCGGCGCUGGGACAGUUCCUGUCGCCGCUCUACACGCACUUCCUGCUGCAGCACUACGGCCUGCAGGGCACUCCGCUCAUGCUGGCGGGCGUCAUCUUGCAGGCCGCCGUGGGCUCCCUGCUUCUGGACUGUGGGCCGGCACGCCCCGUGCCGCCGGCCCACCGGCCGAGGACCACCGCCUUCAUUGAUGCGAGCAGUGACCUGCUCCUGACCAGCGCGAGCAGUCACCACAAGGUGUCGGAGGACGAGCGGUUCGUGAGCGACCUGGCGCCAGACAGCAUCGCGGGCAUCGCCAGUCGCAGGAGCGCCUGCGGGAUCAGCAUCCUGCCGAAGAUCCCGGAGGAAGGCGAGGACGGCGAGGACUCUCCCGGAGACCCGAGCGAGGAGGCCGGGCGCGCGAGGCGGCAGGGUCGCGCCGAGGCCCUCACCUUCAGCGCGAGCUGCGUGGGCGAGUACGUCGUCAUCGAGAGUGCGCAGGCGGACGUCGUCCCUCGACCCCGCGCGACGAGGAGGUCGGGACGUCACUCGGGCGAUGCGGUGGUGAGGGUCGCGGGGAUGAUGCCCCACGAGCAGGAAUUCCUGCUGCGCGCCGUGACCCCCGCCACGCCGGUCGGCAACGGCAAGUCGCAGAUGCUCCUGGUGGACUCGAGCACGGUCCACGACCUGUCUGCCAUCGCGGAGAAGGAUCGAGGGGACUGGAGGUGCCGCUGCCCGUGCUUCGCGGCGCUCGGGGACGCCCUCAGGACGUCGCACACGCUGCCGGCUCUCCUGCUGCGCGUGUCCGUCAGGCUGUGCCCCAUGGCGUUCGCCGCGCUGGCGCCCGUCGCCGUGCGCACGCACAUCAGCGAGAGCACGCUGGACGAGGCCAUGCUCACCGUCACCAUCUCCGGCUUCUCGUGGCUCUGCUUCCUGGUCACCAUGCCCUGGUUCCUGGGCAUGGCGUCCCACCGCCAGAAGUUCCUCUACUCUGUGGGCAGCUUCGCCGCUGCCGCGGGCCUCUACUUGUUCUCAGAGUCCACGUCGCACGACCAGAUCAUCCUGAACUGCGUGAUCAUCGGCAUAGGACAGGGCGCGUCGCUGGCCACCAGCCGGACGGUGGUGCUGGAUGCCCUGGGUGGCUCGGCCUUGUCGCGCCUCGGCUGCGCCCUCGACGUGGCCUCGGCUGUUGUGGUGCUGCUCGCCGCCUCCAUCAUGGGUGUGUUCCUGGGCCACGAGGGAGGCACCACAGGCUGCUUCGUGUUCCUGGCGGUGCUGCAGGCCGCCUCCGGCCUCUGCUGGAUCGUCAAGCCCAUGAUGGCGCGCUUCAGAGAGCACGGACACCACGACUGGAGCGCAGGGGAGUUCCUGCAGCCCAGCUGAGCGGCAUGGGCACUCCUGCAACUCUGCAACCCUCAGUGGCUGAGCAGCGCUGAGCUGUUGCAUCAUAUCUGAGUGUCAAGAAGUUCCUCAAGUUCUCAGCUGAGCAGCAAAGUAGUUAACACACUCUUGCACUCCGACUGACUUGGCUGAGUUGCACUGAAGUUUUUACUUCUUACCUGGGCCACAGGGAGUUCCUCCAGUCAUAAAUCUUUGGCCGUGAGGCAUGGCAGUGUCUACAAUUUUUCAGCCCAGAGCUCUUUAUGUCCAAGUUUCAAGUGAUGUACUCUAAAACUUUUAGAGUGCAUAUGCAGUUCCGAACCAAUUGGUAUUGUACUCGGUGCUCAUAAAUUUUGGGCUCGAACCACAGCAGUUCCUACCUUCCUGCUACAGAGGCAUACCCUGUCACCUAGACCUAUGUCUCUAAACUGGAUAUGACAUUGCUUAAUUUUCCUUCAAGGUAGUGUGCACUUACACUGCCUGACUGUGAUUUUCUGUGAAAUGUGCAAAGUUUUCGAAUGGCUUUUAUAUUAUGAGUUUAUCUACAGUUUCUCAUCGAUUCGACUAGCACUCAAUAGGUACUAUAAGUAAAUGACCUUGUGGCAUGUUGUUAGGCUGUCAGGCCAGUAUGUGCGAGUGAGCGCCUUGAACUCAGGACACGUGCCUAUGUAUUUUGUUAUUGGCUUGUUUGGUAUCUUUGUGCAGUGACAUUGUACUUGAGCUGUCAUCACCCCAUUGACACUAUUCUGAAAGUCGGUAUAUCAUCAACUGAGUUACUGUAGAAGGACAUUCUUUGUUUAAGGCUGAAACUGGACGUGUUCCACUUGGACAAAGGACUAAAUUCACUCAGUCAAUUUCUUUAUAUUUUAGUUUACGUGAAUAAUAUGGAAAUUUUUUCCCUAUAGACUAAGUUAUGAAUAGUUCUAAAUGUUGUAAUUUAUAUGCAUGUGCUUGCAUUCUCUGUUGUAUGUUAGCCGUUCGUUUGUUUAGUGACUGCGUGUAUGUUAUUUUUUACAAUAUUCUUCUGACUGUUUUGAGGUUUUUGUAAAUGAGACAUUGAAGCAGCCUAACAUUGUAUUUUGACACAUCGUCAUUGAGGUAUGGCUUUUUCAGAUUCCAAAAAGAAUUUUAUUUUACAACCAAAUAAUGUUGCUUGGUUUGCUCAUGAAAGAAGAUGAUGAGGUAUAGUUGAUUUCGCUGGUUUAUGGCCUCAUACAAAUCAUGAAAAUGUAACAUUACAAACCAAAACUAUAGAACCAAAAAUAUAGCACACCCUUGAUAAUAGAUAAGCCCGUCAUACAAUUCAACCUCUAAAAUAAUUCACUUGCAAUAAGACAACAAUACAAAUGUUUCAAGCUGAUUUCUAAAACAUGGAUUAGGGUCAUAUUUAUUUGAGGAUUUAGGGUACGAUUUUCUGUGCUGGAUAAGUGAUAAAUUUACUAAGUUAUUUUGAUAACUCUAUAAAUUGUUAGCCAAACCUUAAAAAUAAAACAGCUAAAAAAUUUAAAUAAAACAAAAAAUAAUUGUAAUAUAUACACAUAUUUUUAUAACAUUAUAUUUAAAAAUAAUUAUUGAUAUCCAGAGUGAAAAAUAAACAUCUUAAGAGCGUAAUCGGUAAGCAUGCUGUUUCCAAAUUGAAUUACAUAUAAAUCUAAUGAGCUGCACUUACAAACUUUCAAAGAAUUGAUGACCCUAAUAAUGCAUAGAUUACUGUGUGAAGGUUCAAGAUUUAAAAUAGUAUUAAAUCGUUUUUUAUGAUGUUUAUUGUUGAUAAUUAAUUUUUACUGAUAAAAAGAUAUGAUCAUUGUCAUGUUUUGAAAUGUCGAUUAUUUUUACUUGUAAUUGUUAGCAAAUGCAUGUUAAUAGCAGUGGUAUUUUAUUUUACUGUGUGUGCUCAUCUGAAAUUGUUACCAAAGAUUUUACAUAGCAGAUUUUUAAAAAAAAAUUUAUACUAGUUGCACUUGUUAAAAUCUAAUAUAGGUUUUAACAAAUAUAUACUUCAUCAUUUCAUCAAUUGGCUUACAGUCUGAGAAUACAAAGCUUUGUUCUUUUAGCCUCUACCUUUUUGUAAGCCAUCACCACAAACUUCUGGCUUUGGCAACCAUUUGUGUUUGUCGCCAUAUUGGCCCACCGAAAUUUCAGUGUUUGUAACCGACUGCUCCUGUUUAAUUCCAUUAAAAGUUACCACAUAAUUUCCAAAAA